GUAGAGUAGGGCAACCGGGAAUUGUAUAUCAUAAACUCCCAAUUAACAGCCGUUUAUCAAAGCAGGUUGAAAAAGGAACAUUGCCUAUACUGUGUUUCAGAAUGAAGCGGCACGCUCUUCUUUGGUUUUCACUUGUAUUUUGCGGAAUAGCCUUCAAGCCCUAUGUGUACUGUGGCCCCUGCAGCGGUAUUGGUGAUUGUGUGGCAACUGAUUCUACAUCAGCUACUUGUGACGCUACAACCAAGCAAUGUACUUGUAACGCUGGCUUUGAGCCAAUUAGAACUGGAUGUGGCGUAAAACUAACAAAGCCGACAGUCAACAUCGAGGGAGAGAGAGGUCCAUAUCUAUUCACUGGCACCACGGGAAAUUUGUCCUGUUCCACAACUCCUGGUGCAGUCUCUUACAAUUGGUACCAGGGCGAUGCAAAAGUCGGAAGUUCGCAAACACUUACAAUCAGUGCUGCAGGAGCCUAUACAUGUCAAGCUAUUUCAGACACAACAAGCUUAAACUCCGACGUUAGUGACCCUGUCAACGUCGCAGUAAUUGGAGGAGGAACAUCGGAUACAGCUUAUCAAGGUACACUCAGUCUUGGUUUCACACCCAGUGGCAGUAGUAUAUUCACGGGAAAUUACGUCACACUCUUUUGUAUGGGUGUACCAAUGGGUUACACAGGCUCAGUCAUUAUUCGGACCGCAGCUGGUGGUGGUUUAACCAACAGCGAUAAAUCAUCUUUGUCGGUAGAAUUUCCAAUUUCUGUACGUUUUAGUGGAAUCUACUGCACCUUGGAAACUACCAAUAAAGUCACCUUCGCAAAUUCACCAAACAACAAUAGUCUACCCAUACCAAAUAACGCCAUCGUACUUAGUUCAGCAACUUUAAGUGCGAAAGAUUCAAAUGGUGACAUAGCUACAGCAACCACCUACAAUGUAGGAGCAGUCGGGCCAACACUAACCUGUACGACCGAUCCAGUACCAGAGUUUCUGGACUCCUCAAAACCAAUACAAUAUGAAUUCAAGGAUGGAUCAACUUCUAAAAAUAUUAGUACUUCGAACACCUACACAGUUGACACCUCUAAAGCAAGCAGUGGUUCUUACUUAUGUACUGCUACUUACAACGGUAUAUCAAAAACCUCAGCUACUUUAUCGAUCGAUGUCAGCACUAACUAUCUUUCCGACCCAGUUUUAACAAAGGUUAGUACUCCUAAUUUAACUAUUGGAUCAACCCUGGUUUUAUCAUGCGGUGCGACUAAAGGUGAUUCUACUACGUCAUACAUAUGGGAGAUCAAUGACACAAAAAUUGCUGGCCAAGUUGACUGGAAGAUCCAACUCUACAAUUUCACGGAGGCCGACAUUGGAGUGUACAAGUGUCGGGCUGUGAAGAACCGGUACACGACGGAUAUUUCGUCUUUUCAUGCUACUAAGAUUAAAUCCCUGUAUACAAUGAGUUAA